AUGUGGAACAAAGUGAUAGCUGUGUUUGUUGGAGUUAUGGCCGGAUUCUGGUGGUUUCAGGAUUUCGAUGAAGGAGUCAUCCAGGGUCAGCGCGUGCUUGUGACAGGGGCCUCUACGGGGAUAGGUGAACAGCUGGCCUAUCACUAUGCACGGAUGGGAGCCAGUGUCAUGGUAACGGCGCGACGCGCACAGAGACUACAAGAGGUGGUGGCGAGAUGCAGGGAGCUAGGCAACAAGGACGCCAUCUUUGAAUACGUCACUGGCGAUAUGUCCAAUAUGUCCUUUACAAAACACCUUAUACAGGAGUCCACCAAGAAGAUGGGAAGGCUGGACUAUUUAGUGUUGAAUCACAUUCUGUCCCCAAAUUUCCAUUUUUGGAACGGUGACGAAGAUGAUAUGGCCGACUUGGAUAACGUUUUUGAUGUGAAUUUCAAAGCAUACGUACAUCUGGCAUCACAUGCGCUCCCAGAGCUGGAGAAGUCCGGUGGUCACGUGGUUGUUUUGUCAUCAUUUGUAGGCAAGAUCAGCAAAUCAACUCUGCCUUUCUCUGUCCUUUACGCCUCUACCAAAUGGGCACUGGGUGGAUUUUUUAGUGGACUUCGACAAGAGCUACGGAUGAAAAACAGCAACGUGUCCAUCACAAUUUGUAUAAUAGGAUUCAUAGCAACGGACAACGCGUUGUUGGCCUUGAGCGAGGUUCAGAAUGGACUACCGUUACAACGCAUUAUUGGAUUCGCCGGAAGUCCUUCAGACACCGCCCUCGAUAUUAUCAGAGGAGCAGCCACUCGCCAGAGGGAGCUUUACACCCCUUUCCUCAUAACGUAUAUACCAUCAUUCAUCAAUGGAGUGUGUCCAAGCUUCAUAGAUUACCUCAGUCGAGCUGUUUAUAGCGAGUGA